CCUACUAGUCCUAGUCUUUCUCCUCUGUAAUAACAAACCGAAGGUAACACGGGCGGACGGAGGCUAGAUCGUCUACUAAAGUUGCCUCGAGGCUCAUUUUUCUCCAAGCAAUGGCACUGCUUUAUCGAGGUGAAUCACGAUGGAAGAUCCUAAGACAUCCUGUUUUCUGGGUGAAGGUCAUUGAGAUUGUAAGUAAAGUUACGAUUCGGAAUAAUGAUCAGGCCCUCUAGUGCGUGUUAAUUAUCUGCAGUCACCAUUUUAUAAUAGCUUAAUUACAUGCUACAUAGAAGUGUACAUCAUUAGAUGGCACUCAACAUCCACUAAAAGCGUUAUAAUUUUUGUUCAUGUUUAGCAUUUAAUGGCUUUGAAGUCAUCACAAGGGCAAACUGACGAGCGAGCACUGAUUUGGGCAAUGUAAGCAGUUAUCUUUUGAAAACAAGUGAAGAUUACGCGGUUGUUUCCAAACGAAGCCCCUUUUUAAGCCUCGUCGUUUACCCUGUUUUAUUUAAAUACCGAAAAUCCUGAAGUUAUUAUUGGGAGAUUUCGUCUUUCGGUGUCAGCCAGAAAAAAGCUAAAUAUUGCUGUUUCGGUAAAACGUGAUAGGAAGAGGAAGAAGUGAAAGGAGUAAGGAAUCCUUAUUUAGAGGUGUGUUAGUUAACUGUCGUAAUUUGCACGUGUUCGAGUCUUAAAACCGCCUGGAAAAUCACGCAGAAAUUUUAUACUGAUGAAAAACUCAUCAUCACUUUCCCUUAAGCAAAUGACUCGCGCUGCUCUAGAUAAGGUUAUUACUUUGAUAACGCAUUUAUCGACGAUCACGUUAUUUCGUGGUUCAUGACUGAAGGAUUAUAAAGUCUUCCGUGUUUUGAAGACAUGCCACGACAUGCAGGUCAUCCAGUAAUAACCGGUGCGAUUAUUGCCAGAAAAUAAAUUUCGAUCAAACAGGUCACAGCUGUAACAAAUCAAAUGAGCCGGACUUCAUAUCUGCUAUAUAACGACUCACAUGAUUGACAAUGUUGUCUAUUGUUUGGUACAACAAAGAACAGAGCCACAGUUAUUAUAAGAAAGCAAAUGUGGAUAAGCAGCGCAGAUAAAAUAAAUAUUUCCAGCACCGGAAACAAUGAUCAGCCAUCUGAUGUUUACUGAUCAAAUUUGGCUGAUGUCUGUUUAAUUUCACAAUAUGAUCAAACAUGUUGUCAGAGUGUCUUCAUCUGAACAGUUCUUCUUGAUUUUUUUGUCAUUUAAGCCGGUGCCACAUUAGAGCUUUUUUUGUUUUUUGAAGUAAAAAAUCAGUCAAGUGACCCCUAAUUUGACAAACUUGCCAAAUUUUCUCCAUUCUUCAAAGGAGCCGAUGUCCGGCCUCACAGCUUCUUUUGGGUUAUUUUUUAACCAUUUGGCUGUCAUGGUACACAAGACAUGUCUAGCUAUUCUAGUCUGGUGUGCAGUUUGGCAAGACACAAUAAUUUUUUUCCUUGUCCAUCUUUGGCUUGCAAAAAUUGGCAAAUAUUUGAAUUUGCUCCAGUGUGAUUCUGCCCUUAUCCAAGUAAAUUGGCUGAUGUAGAAGUAAUUUAUACUCUUAUUUUCUUGUUAUAUCUUUAUGGGUAUUUUUUUACAUCCAAUAAACCCAAUUAAUUAAAAUUAAGUUUUGUAUUUCCUGUCCAUUCCUCAACUAUAUUACAGAGCAGCUUUGAAAUAUCAUUUUUACCGACAAGCAUGAUUUCAGUUGCAGGAUUUUCAUUUGUCUGUUGUUGAACUACUUCAAUCUUUUAUUUCCUUCUUUCAUGAUUCUCUUCAGUCUAAAUAUUCCUUUCACCCACUCUUAAAUAUACUUGGAAAAUUUCUGACACUUCUUUGGUUCUCUAGACAUCAUAAUUUCAAUUGAGGCAGCAGUUUAUGCACCAGUGUUUACUACAAACCUACAGAUUUACAUAGCUACUUGUAUUCAUCUUCACAUCUGUCAUACGUCAAGAAUUCCAUACCUUUUUCAUGGUCUCUCAGACUUUGUUGUUUAUACAGUGACGACUCUAAUUUUUCUGAAAAAUUGGAGGUAACGUGCCAGUUGUUUUGAUAAACAUGACUGUCUUGUUUCUUUUGUUCAAGCAGGCCACCACUGUGCCAAAAAAAUUGAUCAACAGUCAGUGCUACAAACAGCUGAGAAGGAAAACACUCACCACAUUCCAAUUACUCUCACACUUCACCCUCACAACCACAUAGUUAAAUCUAUCAUUCUUAAAACUUUAAUUACUCCAAAACGAUUCAGAGACUGGUACUAUCUUUUCACAACCUCCACAAAAUGUUUUUGGUUAGAAGUUCAUUUCAAACCAAUGACCAAUCUGGAACUUUCAUAUGCGCUCACUCACAGUGCAAAACUUGUCCUUUCAUUCUUAACAUAGAGAAAAUGUCAGGACCCAAGAGAUCCAUUUACAUCACUAAUCACUUUACCUGUAUCUUUGCCACUGUCAUUUACUGCAUAACUUGCAUUUACUGCAUAACUUGCACUUACUGCAUAACUUGCACUUACUGCAUAACUUGUACUUACUGCAUAACUUGCACUUACUGCAUAACUUGCACUUACUGCAAUAAGUUAUACAUUGGUGAAACAGGAAGACGAUAAGGUGACCAAUUCCGAAAACACCUGCAUGACAUAGAAAGAAAUGACAAGGGCGCAUCCUAAUCAGCUGCUAGACACUUUAAUCUCCCUAAUCAUUCUAAACUACAUAUGGCAGUUUGCAGCCUUUCCCUACAUCUAGGCAGUUCGGAAAGCUGCAAAACACUCGAACAAAAAUUUAUCUUCCUAACCAGCACUCUUAAUCCCCAUGGUAGGUCUAUUGAUUUAGAAAAUGAAUUGAGGAAAUCUUGGAAGGAUCUGUGGGAGUGACAAAACACUUGGAAUUUUUUCAUUAAUUAAUCUUUUAACCGCUAAGAUUAAAAAUGAUUGCCAUUAAAAAAAAAAAGCUCUAGGUUUUCAUUUUGUCAGUACCUUAGGAAAUUUAUAGAAAACAGUAUGAAGAAUAUGCACAUUAAUGUUAGGGUAUUAACUCUUUAACUCCCAGAUCAAAUUUGAAAUUCUCCGUACUGUCAACCAUACAAUUCUUAUAAUAUGAAUAUGAAAGUGAUCUUCGCAGUAAUGAACACUACUUGAGCAGCAGUGAAAAUAAGGCCUGAAAAAAAAUUAAAGCCGGCAUGGGAUUUGAACCCAUGACCUCUGAGGAUUACUUUCAUAUUCACGUUAUUUUUCGCAGUUCAAGUAUAUGACUUUCUUAUAUUAACAGCCGUUUAAUUCUUAUAAUGUUAGUUCAGAGAAUUUUGUACUGGAUCAACUAAUUCUCCCCAAAUUGAUAUUUUUCUUUAUUCUCAUCACUUUUCUAGUUGUUAUUGUAUUAGUAUUGUAAGGAGAAAUUCUGUCUUGGUUAAAGAUUAACGCUGAAUCAUUUCUUACAGGUUCUGAGCUUCACUGUUGCUCCUUUGGUUAUCACUUACAAUGAUAAGGGAGGGGUAUACAAGGAACACAGCGAUAAGAGUUUUAAUAUCACUGUGAAAUACCCUUUUGAUUACAACAAUGAAACUGCAGUUUACACUGACGAAGAUGAGCCACUCACAAGCUUCAACUUUGACCCAGCCAUUAAAGUUUGCGCACAGUUGUUUGUUGGUGUUGUCAUAGUAGCAGGACUGUUGGCAAUAGCUAUGCUGCUGAUAUCGUGUGCAAUUCAUAGAGAUGAGAGAGUGGCAAAUAAAGUUUCGGCUGCAGUAAGUGAAAAUUUUGCUCUAUUUGAUUUAAGUUCACUUCGUCUGAACAGAAGAGUGGGAUCCCCAAACCUGGGAUUUCAUGCAAGUUGAAUCUGUUUUUUUAGUUCUUGUCCUUGCAGAAGAGAUUUUUCUGUGUUUUGUCUAUGUUCCCUGGUUCUCUUUCCUCCUGCUUUGUUAAGGUCUACUGCUAAAUUACAAUUUAUUAUUUUAUGUUUUCUACCUAAUUUUUGUUGAAUUGUUCCCAAGUGAUUUACAAAGGAACACAAGUUGCCAGUAGGGAGAAUUACAAAUCAGAUAUAGAGAGAAAUCAACUCCAAAGAGGGAAAUUGUCUAAGGCAGCUGAUGGUUCAACCCUAUAACCGCCAAGAUCUAAAUUGUGAUUCUCUCCUCUGGGUCUUUUACAUCUCCUUGUGUAUUGUGUUUGAUAAUCAAGAGUUUUGUCAAGAUGGUACUUUGCAUAAUUUUAUAUUAAUCUUGGAGAGAAAUUUAGGUGUUUAACCCUCCAACUCCACUCCUGAGAUCUGAUUGUUCAUUCUACUCUCUAGCUGCUACACAUUUCCUUGUAGGUUAGACAGGAGAAUUUGGUGUCAGAUCAAGGUCACUUCUACCAGAUAGUUUGAGUUUUCUCUUCACCUGUCUGCUGGAUUAUGUAUGAAUAGUAUAGGGAGAAGUUGUACAUUAAUCACUUCUGAGGGUUGAGGAUUGAGGAAGACUUCUAUUUCACAGGUUUUUAGAUGGUACCUCCCUGAUAACAGAGUUUUUUUUUAAUUCAACAUUGGUUUCUUUCAGGAGGUAUUUAUUUCAGUUGUGAUGGUAGUACUUGUAGCAGUAAUUACAAGCCUCUGGUUGUACAACAUUCUGGAAUUGAAAAAAGAAGUCCAGGGUGAAAUUGUAAAUGUCAUCACAACAUUGGGGCCAGUGCGCUGCAAGAACUGUGUGGAAUUCUUACCCGAUUAUUCAGCAUUAUUUGCUUCAGUGGUGAGCUCAUUCCCAAUGACCAUGAUUGUGAAUAAUUUUAUAUAAUUCAACUAUUACAGUAACUAAUUUCAACCCAAGGGUAAAAAACCCCCCCCCCCAUAGGGGAUCAUUUUACAGGAUCUAAUGAUAAUUGUUCUGAUUGAAGAGUUUGGCACCUCCCACAUCAAACAGAAACAGGUUAACAUUUGGUAAUUCUAAGGCACCACACCCAGAAAUUGACAUGUACCUCUUCUGGGAUUCCUCUCAAACUCUCCUAAUGUCAUUUGUUUCAUUUCUGCAUUUCUUUGUGAAAAUCCUUUCUCAUACUUCAUUGUGAAGACACCUUGUGGAUAUAAGUUAAAAGUAGAGAAAGAUGUUUUUCAUCUUGUCUCAUGUGUGAGACAAAGAAAAAAUUCCCCAUGAGGAAUCAAAUCUCAGACCUUUGGAUUCCACGCUACAAUGUUUGUAAAUCAACAUCACUGAUCAUAGUGGUAUGUAUGGAUGCAUGUUAUGUAUGAACAUCAUAUUGGGCUUCGCUCACCAUAGAGUCUCUGUGGCUCAGUGGUAGCACAUUGGAGCGCAGAACCUGAAGGUCUGAGGCUCGAUUCCUCACAGGGACUCUGUUUUUUUUUUUCUAUGUCCCAUGCUGGUGACAAGAUGAAAAAAAACCCCUCUUUAUUUCUUUUACUGAGCUCAAAACUUACAAUCUCUCUUAUUCAAUUAAGGUAAAAGUAUCUCUCACCAAUUGAAUGCGGUGACCUUAGGGUUAUUGUGCUGGAGUCUUGGCCAAAGUCCAGAUUUGUGUUAUUUUCAAGGGCUAAACAUUUCAGUUCUCAGUGCCUCUCUCUAUCCAAGAGUAUAAAUGGAUACCGGUGAAUUAAAUGCUGAUGGGGGGGUACCUUGGAAUGGACAAGGUCCCCCCCCCCCCCAGCAUUUCAAUCACCUUCCCUGACAAUUCACCGGUAUCAGGGGGCAGUUGUAAUAAUCCUAGUUGCUUCCUGCUGUGGAAACCAGGAUAAGUUCUGGCUGAAUGUGCCUCUUGGCUUGAGUAAAACUUACCAAUAAUAAAACUAGUUGUAAUUUUCUAUUUUUCUUCCUAGGGCCUGGCUUACUUGUCACUUGUGAUUUGGUUGCUCAACACUUCACUUGUUUUCUGUGAUACAAUAAACAUUUCUGAUCAAGUGAAUGCCACCAGUUCUUUGAUUUUCACUCAAGGGCAGGAGCUUGCAGACAAAUCUCAAGAAACAAACCCUGUGGAGACCACUGCUUAACCCGGUAACCGGACAUUUCGCACAAAAGACUUUUUGCACAAGUCUUUUAGCACAAGUUUUGGACCGUUUGCACAAUUCUUAGUGGUCAUUUCGCACAAUGUGUGAAAAGUCUUUUGUGCGAAAUGUCCUGUAUUCCUUAACCUUUUUAACUCCCAAAGUGAUCAACAUGUUACUUCUCCCUAUAAUAUCCAUACAUUAUCCUCCAAACAUGUAAUGAGAAUACUCAAACUUAUCAGGAAUAAGUUGUCAUCUUGAUCUAACACCAAUUUCCUGUAACUAAUUUACAAGGAAAUGUGUAGCAGCUAGAGGGGAGAAUUAGCAAUCAGAUCUUGGGAGUUAAAGAGUUAAAAGAGAGCGAUAGGUGGCUCUGGCAUUUUUAAGGGUGGAUGACACUAUCUGCUUGGUAAAUCUCUAUCUGGUGAAUGGGGCUGUCUGUUUUUUAACCCAUAACACUUAGUGGCUGGAUAAUGAUUUACCUUUUGGAUAGUAUUAUUUGCCCUUUCAACAACAUGGCCCAGGUAUAGAACUGCCAGGUCAUCAGUAGCUUUAUGCCAGCAUUCUUUGUAAAUACAAGAAUAUGUUUUGUUUAAUUGUAAUUAAUUCACUUCAAAUGUAAUCACAGAAAAAAAAGAGCUUUUUAUGGUGGCUUGGAGUAAAAUUCUGCUUGGGAAAAUUUUUUUGCGCUUUUUUAAGAAGCUCGUUAGAAUAUAGUUCUGGUUGAAAUGUUAGUUAACCAGGCAUAGUCUUUAUAUGUUAAGGAAAACCAUUAAUGAUAAUAAUUGUGAAUAAUGGUAAAAUAAAAGUAAUCAAUGAAGAAGACAAAUUGAAAAUUUCAAGGCUAUUAGAUAAGAGUGAAAAUUUUAACAUUAAAAUGCUUAAUAAUGUUAUACAAUUACACAUAUGAAUAUAUCUGUAAUUAUUUAUAUUAUAUGCUGAUUAUAGUAAAAAUAUAUACAUUGCGACAUGUUCUUUAAAUCUUUGAUAGCCCUGCUUUGCACAGAUUUUAUAGUCAGCUUCAAUAGCAACUGCUAUUUUGGUCAAAAAAGAUAGAAAACAUGUCUUUUUCAAACGGAGGUUGACCCAAGUGAAGAAAACAUCUCUCGUUUUUAAAUUUCAAAUAACGAUUUAUCUUUUCCUCUCCCCCCUUUGUAAUCGUAAUGGUAAUUGGACCGAAUGGAGUCCAAUUUGGUCUGUAAUUAUAUGAGUGACGAACAAAAUCAGACGACUGCAAAGCAGGAGUCCAAUUUGUUGAUCACGAGUAUGAUUACAGACAGAAUUGGACGACAAGAAGCCUUGUUACUAAUUAAUCAUAACCAUUUCAAUUUCCGAAACGAAAAAAUACACCUUGAACAAAUAUCUCCAGUGGAGACAAUGUCUUAAGUUAAAAGUUCUUCUGUUUUGGAAAGUCCCCAGUUUUUCCUUGGAUAAGUGGUUGUUGCUAUGGUUCUUUUGUUCUUUUCUGUGAUUGGUGGAUUAGCUGAGUGAACCUAGUAUGAUUGGCUGGUUCAACUGUCCGAUUACAGAUGUCCAGUUACAGCCAACUGUCCGAUUACAACUGUACAGAAUGAUAAGUGAAAAAUGAAGCUGCGAAUGCAUCAAUAAUAAUGUUUGUGGAAUUUGUAAUGGUUAUAAUUAUUUUUGUAUUUACGCGCCGCACGUGAUUUCACAAAUUAGCCAAUCACGUCCAAAAAUUGGACGACUGACAUGGACACUUUCCGCGCGCCAAUUUCGUUCAAAACUUGAAAUUUUAAGAAGUUUCAGAGUUUUUGUUUUAGCCAAAUGUUGUCGUUAAUUUAACAAGUUUAAUACAUAUUUUCUACAAGGUUUGGACCUUAGCCUCCUUUUUCGUAAAUGGAGUUUUUAUACCAACAGCACCCCUGGAUGUGUUACUUUCUGUAUCACUUGUUAAUAUUUCCCGGCGAUGAACAUAACUCCAGGUUUAGAGCACUCAGGAAUAUAUCAUAUGUAUGGAAUAUCAAUAUUCUUGAAAGAUUCGUGCUUAGCUCAAAAUACUUGCAGCAACGUCAUGUAAGCUCUUGUAAUAUACUACCUUUGUCCCAAAACCAUCAUUUCAACUUGCAAGUAAAAUGAUGAAAGUAGCAUAUCGUUUAGACCGAAUUUCACUGUACAGUUGAACUUCAAG